GGUGCAGGUGCAACCUACAUUGAGUCUGCGCAGAAAAUCAUAAUUCGAAGAAAAAGCUUCGCCGUCUGUAAAUUAGACUAGUAUUGGAAGAAGACUUUAAUGAGUGAAGAUAAUUUAGCAAUGGAACGCCAUGUUAAAUUCUUGCUGUUGUGUCUUACAACUGUAGUCUUGACGUUUUGGAUUCUGCCGACUGCAUUUGCUAUUUGCAACAACAACGAUGAUUGUUUGAAUGGAGGCACCUGUAAUAAUUCGACAUGCAAUUGCAGCCAUUAUUAUCAAGGAACAACUUGCGAAACGUUUAAUUGCACUGGAAAUAAUACCGCGUGCAACCAUGGAGUCUGCUUAGCUUCCGGUAACUGUGAUUGCUCCUCAGGGUACGCAGGGAAUCCAUGCCUACCAUCAGAGAGUUCAGGAUUCAUCGUUUACGUGAACACGUUGCUUCUUUUCCUGUUGAUGGUUCUGGCAGGCGUACUUUCCUAACACCCUGGAACAUCACCAGCCCUGAUUCAGAACUUCACUGAUAUGACGGGAUGUAAUUAACACUGAAAUUCUGGGAGAGAUUUUUUAAAAGUUGUAUUGUUUAUAAACUACUUGUUUGUAAUUUGUUGUUUUUAAGACCCUUAAUCAGGUUCAAAAUAAAGAUGUCUUCUCUGCAUUUUGUUGCAAGAAGUGCA